CUCGGCUGCCACUUCCCGUUCUGAAGCGAAUGUCACCACCAGGCGCCCCCCACCACGUGACGUGACGGCACGUGACUUGUGGGAGACCAGGGAGGAGGAUGGAAAGGCUGGAGCGAAAGAGGCAGAGAGAGAGAGACUAAAAGAGCUUUUAUGCUCAAGAACAUGGAGUCGCCAUUGAUCAGCAACUCGGGCAACUCAGGGACAAACGAAAUGCAUCCUCCAUAUACUAAAUUCUCAGAAUGGAAGUUUAAGCUGUUCAGGGUGAAGUCUCUGGAGAGGACGUCCUCACAAGAACAGAGUGACGACAGCGGGGUGUCAUGUACCAGCCCUCAGGAGAGAUCCCCGUACUUCAGUGUGAGUUCAGAAGACCUCAGCCAAGAGACCUCAGUGAUAUCACCUACAAACAGCAAAGAUCCAGAGGCCAUUGUCCCAGACAACAAUGAGGCUGAAGCGAAGAGACUGGAAGAAGAGGCCCACACCGCCAUUUUGCAACACUUAUGCCGCAUUUGUGGGGUCUCUUUUAAAAUGGAUCAACAGAACAGAAGUUACCCUGUUCAUGGACCAGUGGACAAUGAGACUCAAGAUGUCCUAAGACGGAAAGAGAAGAAAGCCACCUCCUGGCCUGAACUCAUCUCCAAGGUCUUUAAGAUAGACGUGAGGGGCGAUCUGGACUCUAUUCACCCAACCCUUUUUUGCCACAAUUGCUGGAGCAUCAUGCAUCAGAAAUUCAGCAACUCCUUCAGCGAGGUUUAUUUCCCACGUAACAAUGCCGUGGAGUGGAAGCCUCACUGUUCCUCAUGUGACGUCUGCAGUUCCUCCAAAACCUGGGGUAAGAGAAAGGGAGCAAGCCACCAAAAUUCUCUUAUCAAAAAGAGAAAGCUCAGUGUGGAACAUGGAAAAAAGAACAAAAAUGGAAACAUUUCACCUCUCUGGAAGAAGACUAGGACCCUGAAUCAAAUCAAAAACAAAUGUAAAGAUAUCCACCUCGACUCCACUUUGCUGAUUGUUGACUAUCCGUCUGAUUUUACCAAGUCAGUCACCUGCCAGAUAUGCGAACACAUACUGUCUGAUCCGGUGCAAACAUCAUGCAAACAUUUGUUCUGCAGGAUUUGCAUCCUCAAAUACUUCAAGAUCAUGGGUUGCUACUGCCCAUCUUGCAGACACACUUGCUUUCCAACAGACCUUACAACCCCCGUGAAGUCCUAUCUCAACAUAUUAAACUCCUUGGUCUUGAAGUGCACGGUGACCGGAUGUGAUGAGGAAAUCCUGCUUGGAAAAUACUCCCAACAUAUUUCCAAACAUAAAGAGAUCAAAGGUAAAGAAGCCUAUGCCCAUAUCAAUAAAGGGGGAAGACCCAGGCUACAUCUACUGUCAUUGACAAGAAGAGCCCAAAAACACCGUCUUAGAGAGCUCAAGAUGCUAGUGAAGACUUUCGCUGAUAAGGAGGAAGGAGGUGACGUUAAGUCAGUUUGCCUGACUCUCUUUCUCCUGGCCUUAAGAGCAAGGAAUGAACACCGCCAGGCUGAUGAAUUAGAGGCCAUCAUGGAAGGUAGAGGAGCAGGACUGCACCCGGCUGUCUGUCUUGCCAUACGAGUAAACACUUUUCUGAGCUGUAGCCAGUACCAUAAAAUGUACAGAACAGUCAAAGCCACAACUGGACGCCAGAUUUUCCAACCUUUGCAUGCAUUGAGAAAUGCAGAGAAAGCCCUUCUACCUGGAUAUCAUCCUUUCGAAUGGAAACCACCAUUAAAAAACGUGUCCACCAGUACAGAUGUUGGCAUCAUGGACGGUCUAUCGGGACUGAAUCGCUCAGUUGAUGAAUAUCCUGUUGAUGCUAUUGCCAAAAGGUUUAGAUAUGACGUUGCUCUGGUUUCCACUUUGAAAGACAUGGAAGAAGAUAUUCUUGAAGGCUUGAAAUCCAAAGACUUAGAGGAAUACCUGUCUGGUCCAUUUACUGUGGUGCUGAAAGAAUCGUGUGAUGGAAUGGGAGAUGUAAGUGAGAAGCAUGGCUGUGGACCUGCGGUGCCAGAAAAGGCCGUCCGCUUCUCCUUCACCAUCAUGAACAUAAGCGUUCCCAACAGCAAUAACGUCUCUGUUCGAAUUUUCGAAGAGACCAAACCCAAUUCUGAACUUUGCUGCAAACCUGUGUGUUUAAUGCUGGCUGAUGAAUCAGACCAUGAAACUUUGACUGCCAUCUUGGGCCCUCUGAUAGCCGAAAGAGAGUCAAUGAAAUCCAGUGAGCUCCUGCUAGAAAUUGGUGGAAUAUGUAGAAGCUUUAAAUUUGUUUUUCGGGGUACAGGGUAUGAUGAAAAGUUAGUGCGUGAGGUAGAAGGUCUCGAAGCCUCAGGUUCUGUCUACAUUUGUACUCUUUGUGAUGCCACUCGUCUUGAAGCUUCUCAGAACUUGGUGUUCCAUUCCAUAACCAGAAGCCACAAUGAGAACUUGCAACGUUACGAAACAUGGAGAUCCAAUCCCCACCAUGAAUCUGUCGAUGAGCUUCGGGAUAGAGUUAAGGGAGUCUCUGCAAAGCCAUUUAUUGAGACCCUUCCAUCUAUCGACGCUUUGCACUGUGACAUUGGAAACGCUGCAGAGUUUUUCCGAAUUUUCCAGCUAGAAAUAGGAGAAGUCUACAAAAAUGGUAAAGCUCCUGUAGAAGAACGAAAGAAAUGGCAAGCAACGCUUGACAAACACCUUAGAAAGAAGAUGAACUUAAAGCCUAUUAUGAGAAUGAAUGGAAACUUUGCCCGAAAACUCAUGAGCAAGGAAACGGUUGAAGCUGUUUGUGACCUGAUACCUUCUGAGGAGAGGCAAGCGGCCCUCAGAGAACUAAUGGACUUAUAUCUCAAAAUGAAACCAGUGUGGCGUUCUUCAUGCCCAGCUAAAGAGUGCCCAGAGUUGCUCUGCCAGUACAGCUACCACUCUCAGAGAUUUGCAGAGCUCUUGUCCACCAAGUUCAAGUAUAGAUAUGAGGGCAAGAUCACCAACUACUUCCACAAAACCCUCGCCCAUGUCCCAGAAAUCAUUGAACGUGAUGGUUCUAUAGGAGCUUGGGCAAGUGAAGGCAACGAGUCCGGUAACAAACUAUUCAGGCGUUUCCGAAAAAUGAAUGCCAGACAGUCCAAAACCUAUGAAAUGGAAGAUGUCUUGAAACAUCAUUGGCUUUACACAUCUAAAUUUCUUCAGAAAUUUAUGAACGCCCAUAUUACCCUUAAGAACCAAGGUUUUACUGUAGAUAUAGAACCAGAUCAAGAACCAGAUGAAGCAUUAGAAGGUCCAGUAGAUUCUAUAGACUUAAUGGAAUUCUGAGUUCACAUCUUAGAAUGAUACAAAUGUUCUAGAAAGUUCUGCUAUAGUUUUCCUCCAUGGAGGUCAACUUCAUGUCCAAAGGCUAAGUUAAGGAGACACUCAAGCUCCAUGUAGCCAGGACCAAGGUGUAAGGAACUUGUUCUGCA